GCUGAAUGUGAAGUUUCCUGUGUUUGUCAUGAAGACUCACACUUCCAGCUUUGCAAUGGACUGACACACACUGACAAGCCUUCGACAUGCCACCACAGUGCUUUCCCUGCUACAAAAGUUAAAGGGAUAAAACUUUUUUUCACUGUGGAGAAGAGAGAUGGCAAGAAUGCUGACAACCAAGAGCCUGGACUAUAUUGACUUGGCAUCUUUGAGAGACCCAGCAGGAAUAUUUGAGUUAGUUGAAGUUGUUGGAAAUGGAACAUAUGGACAAGUCUAUAAGGGUCGGCAUGUUAAAACAGGGCAGCUUGCAGCAAUUAAAGUUAUGAAUGUCACGGAGGAAGAAGAAGAAGAAAUAAAACUUGAAAUCAACAUGCUGAAGAAGUAUUCACAUCACAGAAACAUUGCUACAUACUAUGGUGCAUUUGUCAGGAAAGGCUUAGCAGGCCAGGAUGACCAACUCUGGCUGGUAAUGGAAUACUGUGGAGCAGGGUCUGUUACAGACUUGGUGAAAAAGACAAAAGGGAACUGCUUUAAGGAAGACUGGAUUGCAUAUAUUUGCAGAGAAGUUCUAAGGGGUCUGGCUCACCUGCAUGCUCACCAUGUAAUCCAUCGAGAUAUUAAAGGUCAAAAUGUUCUUCUCACAGAAAAUGCAGAAGUGAAGCUUGUUGAUUUUGGAGUGAGUGCCCAGCUGGACAGAACUAUAGGAAGAAGAAACACAUUUAUCGGAACCCCAUACUGGAUGGCACCCGAGGUCAUAGCAUGUGAUGAGAAUCCAGACUCAACAUAUGACUACCGAAGUGAUCUCUGGUCUUUGGGAAUUACAGCCAUUGAGAUGGCAGAAGGGUCACCACCUUUAUGCGACAUGCAUCCUAUGAGAGCUCUCUUCUUAAUUCCUCGAAACCCACCACCAAAGCUAAAAUCAAGGAAAUGGUCAAAGAAAUUUCUUAAUUUUGCUGAUAAUUGCCUCAUUAAAAAUCACACACAUCGCCCAACAACGGAAACCUUGCUAAAACAUUCUUUUGUUCGAGAUCUACAAAAUGAGCGCCAGAUACGCAUCAUGCUGAAAGACCAUCUUGACAGAACAAGGAAAAAAAGAGAAAAGGAUGAAACAGGCUAUGAAUACAGCGGAAGUGAAGAGGAAGAUGAUGAGAUGAAUGAAGAUGAAGGCGAGCCAAGCUCCAUUGUUAAUCUUCCUGGCGAAUCGACUCUCCGCCGUGAAUUCUUGCGAUUGCAACAGGAAAACAAGAACAGAUCAGAUCCUCAGAGACAGCAGCAAUUACAGAAGCUAAAAGACCAGGAGAAAUACAAAAAACAGCUCUUGGCCGAACGCCAGAAAAGGAUCGAGCAACAGAAGGAGCAGCGAAAAAAGCUGGAGGAUCAUCAGAAACGAGAACUGGAUUUGAGGAAAACCCAGGAAUAUGAGCCAAAACUGAUGGAGUGGGAAGGACAAAAACGAGACGGAAAAAGGAAGGAGGGAAGGAAGCACACAGAGAAUGAGAGAUGUGUUUUGGUUGAUGGACAUGCUGCAGAAAGGAAACAGCAUGAAGAUCUAUUACAGAAAACAGAUGGAAAAAGCAACCCAACAGAAAAGUCAAUACCUGGAAUGAAGACAGAUUUGCAAAGCCAAAGAAAACUUCACCGUACACUGCCCAAAGAUCAGACUCAGCUGUUAUUUCUCCAGCAUGAUCAUAUGGGGAAACAUGUAGCACCAACAAAUAAUACUGGCGAUCAUCCAAAUGUGAAGCCCAUUAAUAAUGUUCUAGAAAAAAAAACCUUCUAUGUUGAUCCAAGCCAUGCAAAAUGGACCGGUUUUAUACAACAAGCUCAUGGAAGACUUGGAUCUGGAAGCAGUUCUAGCCCCUGUACGCCAGCUUUGCCAAGAGCCAUACUGGAGAAUGAAAAUCUCCGCUCCAGUAGAGACAAUCACUACAGCAGCUCCCUGUCUGACAUGAUCAUAAGUCCUAUGACCCCAGGAAAAGAUGAUGUGUUCUGGGGUGCCCUGCAAGGUGAAGAGCAGCCACCUAAGGUUCCAGAGAGAACCACUUCCAAGUUUUACAUGGACUCUCGAGGCCACCAAAGAAGUCCAUCUGGUGGCUUCCUGCAACAAUCCAAAGACCAGUCUGAAAGCUCAAGAAUUGGCAAUGGAAGUGGAAAUGCCAGCCAGAGCAGCAGAUUGAAACCAGGGUCGCUGAGAGAUAACUUUGCUGUACAGAAUUAUCCCCAGCAGUUGGCAAGAGCUGAAAAUGAAGUGCAUCGGGACUCCCGUAAGAUUUCGAGCCCCAUCCUUGUAGGAAAAGGAAAAGACAAUGGCAGAUCUUACUUGAAAGCAUCAUAUUAUUCUUCAUCCAGUGAUGAGGUUGGCAGCAGCGAUGAUGACAUGCAGAAAAAAAGGCAACCGGUGAGCAAUGGUAUAGCGAAUUUCUUAAGGACAAGAGUUCCAGAUGGAAUCGCAGAGAAACCCCAAAGCAACAUGCAAAGAGACAAGGCAGCUGAACAGCAAAGUGGCAGCAGCAGCAAUCAAGGACUCUGGAGCGCCUGCAAUCAAAAUUAUCUGCUGCCAGAUCUCUUACAACAGAGCCAUCCUUCAGAGACUUCAGUGAAUCAGCACAAAAGUCCUCAAAAAAGUCACAGACCUGUGAACAAAUCUUUAAAUGAUCAGACACCAAAUAGUGAAAGUCCACAACAAAAAACUAGUUCGUCUUCCACUACUUCGUUUAGUCCAUUUAUUGAUCCCAGACUUCUACAGUUUUCACCUCCAACAAGUCCAACUGUCUCCCCUAGCAGUAUAAAAGUGGAGCCUUUCCGCAGAGAAAAUGCAAGGAAAGGAUCAGUUGUCAAUGUUAAUCCAACAAAUAUUCGUCCUCAGAGUGACAGUCCCGAGAUUCGAAAGUAUAAGAAGAAAUUUAAUUCUGAGAUCCUUUCUGCUGCUCUCUGGGGUGUUAACCUGUUGGUGGGAACUGAACAUGGUCUAUGGCUGCUGGAUAGAAGUGGACAAGGACGAGUUUAUUCCCUUAUUAGCAGAAGACGAUUUUACCAAAUGGAUGUACUGGAAGGACUAAAUAUCCUCAUUACUAUUUCAGGCAAAAAAAACAAGCUCAGAGUUUAUUACUUAUCCUGGCUGAGAAAUAAAAUUCUGCACAAUGAUCCAGAUGUAGAGAAGAAGCAAGGAUGGGUCUCUGUAGGAGAUUUGGAAAGCUGUGUACACUACAAAGUUGUGAAAUAUGAAAGAAUAAAAUUCCUUGUUAUUGCUCUGAAGAACUCUGUAGAAGUAUAUGCAUGGGCGCCAAAGCCAUACCACAAAUUUAUGGCUUUUAAGUCAUUUUCAUCUCUGCAUCAGAAACCAUUAUUUGUUGAUCUUACCGUUGAAAAUGGACAAAGACUGAAGGUUAUCUAUGGAUCUUCAGUGGGAUUUCAUGCCGUUGAUGUUGACUCUGGCACAGUAUACGAUCUGUACUUACCCACCCAUAUCCAGGGAAACAUUCACCCACAUGCCAUUAUCAUCCUUCCCAACACCAAUGGCAUGGAACUUCUGCUGAGCUAUGAAGAUGAAGGGGUUUAUAUUGAUACAUAUGGACACUUUACAAAAGAAAAUGUACUACAAUGGGGAGAAAUGCCGGCAUCUGUUGCUUAUCUACAAUCUAAUCAAAUAAUGGGAUGGGGAGAGAAGGCAAUCGAGCUGCGAUCUGGAGAGACGGGGAAUUUAGAAGGGGUUUUUAUGCACAAGAAGGCACAGAAGUUAAAAUUCUUGUGUGAAAGAAAUGACAAGGUAUUUUUUGCUUCAAUGCAGUCUGGUGGCAGCAGUCAAAUUUACUUUAUGACUCUUGGACAAAAUGCCCUGUUCAGCUGGUAACCAAAAAUAAGAAUCUAGAAAACCGAACAGUAAUGGAGGCCAUGUAAUACUACUUCAUUGAUAUGCAUUAUAGUCCAAGAAACUCACUAUUUGUGCUGGAUCCUGGUUGUUGCAGGUGUUUAUUUUGGUUGUAAUUUACAUCUGUAAGUCACAUGUAGCAUUCCUGGGUUUUAAGUUAUGUCUUCUGUAUGAAUAUACUUGUCUAUUACAGAUAAGUUGGUCUCCCAGUAAUUGUUGACGUGUUUAAUAUGUCCGAGGAUGCAGGAAGUUGGAUAGAGGGUUUUUAGGUGCCCGUUCUACAAACUACAGAGGCUAAGGAGUCAUGAAAGAUAAUAUAAAUACAUACACAUAUAUUCAAUAUUUCAAAAACAAUUGAUUAAAUUAUACUGGUACCUAACCUUAAAUCGUUUUUAGUUUUCAAAUUUGUUGAGCUCAUAUAGCAUAUCUAUUUUCAUCCCUCUACUGAUGUCAAGGUUUCUUAGUGAUACUCUGGUGGGUUCAAUCCAAUCUCCGCACCAGCUUCAUAUAUCUCUCAGGGACUGCACUGGUAGCACAUUUUCUGCUGCAUUCUUCAUAUAUUGUAAGCUACAUGAAAACCUAGAGUAAGAAAAAACCCUAAGAGCCACUGGAAGAAUUAACUAGUUGGGACGGUUUGAACCUUUAAAGUGGUUGUAAACCUCUGACAUGAAAUAUGAACAGAGCAUAUCCAUCUAUAGUGUGUACUUAAUGUGUACUCAAUCCAGAGCACCAAGUAUAAUUUCUGUCUGCUGCCUUGUUCCUCUGCUUUCUGCAUAAGUCACUUCUGACACUUUUUUCGGACACUAAUGCCACGUACACACGGUCGGGA